AUGGAACAGAGAAGAUACAACGUCAGAAUAGGCCUUCUAUUCCUCACCUUUUCUUGUCUUCUUCUUCUAUCUUUUUCAGGAUCUGUUGAUGCUUACAAGAACUACACAGUGGGUGACUCCUUGGGGUGGUAUGACAACACUGUUAAGUCUAAUGCCAAUUACCAAAAAUGGGCUGAUGGCAAGAACUUCAGCUUGGGAGAUUUCCUCAUUUUCAACACGGAUAACAAUCAUUCAGUAGUCCAAACAUACAAUUUCACCACAUACAAGUUGUGUGACUACGACAACUCCGUAGGCAAUGACAGUGUGGAAUGGUCAUCCACCAAUCCAUCCAACACUCUCACACAGGCAGUCACAGUGGCGGUUCCUCUGCUCAAGGAAGGACCAACUUAUUUCUUAUCUGGGGAUUAUGAUGGGGAGCAAUGCCAGAACGGCCAGCAUUUCAAAAUAACCGUGUCUCAUGGAAAAGGGUUGCCGGAUAGCCUUAAAGACCCGUCUGACCAAGCCCCAGCUCCAAACGCUGCCGAUUAUGACUCGACGCCGGAUACUGUUGUGCCCUUUGACUUUAAUCAUCCUCGUGACCAGGACACUGAAGUUAAGAAGGAUUCUGGAUCCAUCUCAUUCCAUGCGACAUUCUUAGACAUGAAAUUGAAUGGGAUGUUGCUUUUGUUAGGGAUUGUUUACGUGCUUUGA